AUGACGACCACGGUUGUCACACGCGAGAAGAGGGAUAGCAGAGCCGACCUUCCAUCUGCGAAUGCUUGGAAGAGGGCAUCUAUAACAACGAACGAACCAUAUACAGACCUCUUCUCGAAAGGCGCCAUCAGCGAGAUCAUGGCGGUGGCAGCUCGACCGUCGCGUGACAGGACGUCAAUGGGGCAGUACGAAGCUAGCAAGCACAAAUCUAUUCAUCAGGAUGGCCAGUUCAGGUACAAGGAAGGUGCUGAGGCUGGUAACAACAGAGAGCGGAUGCAGAAAGAGAGCCCAGUGAUAGCGGAGCUCAGGACAAAUGUGAUUAUCAAAGACGAAUUCACACUCGUUACAGAUCUUAGCUACCACUUGGCCCAACGAUAUCUGAAACCCGACAGCAGCAUCAUGAUCAAAGUCGAUCAUAGUGCAUGCUUAGCAUUGGGAGGCACUUUCGACCCUUGCUACAUCCUCACCAUCACGACCCUACCUUCAGAAAUGGGCCCGACGCUCAACAAGCGCAAUGCAUCGCUCAUACAAGCAUUCAUGGCAGAUAUUUUGAGCGUGUCUCCAGAUCGUGGCAUUGUGAAAUUUCAGCCAAUAGAGGAGGCCAACUACGCCAUGAACGGAACGACAAUGCUAGGACAGCUGGAGAAGCUAGAACGAAAGCAGGAAGAAGCAGAGCCUGGUGCGGCGCGACGCUCAAGUCGCAAGAGCAUAACUUCCCCAUACACAAGAGUUCACAGUGCCAAGGCUGACAACGACGCCAAAACGCUCUCCGCGCUCAAUGGUACUCCUAACGGCAGCACACCCAUCGAGAAAAAGCGGCGGAGCAAUUCUGCCACACCACCAACAGGAACGUCGACACCAAUGGUUUUCGAGCUCUCCGGCACCGAUACAGAACGACCAUCUACGUCGCACGGCGAGUCUUUUACUGCAGCGAACGGUCUGCGCAUGAAUGGCAUCUCAACAGAAGACCUUUCAGCUUCCAAACCCUUCGGUGAACGUCCAAGAACAAUCGCAGGACAAAGUCCGCACGGCUCAUCUCGCGAUCUCAGCAGGACCGAACCCAUGCCAAACUCCAAGCGACAAUCGUCAUACCAGACACAAUCAAAGCGCAACUCCAUGAUCCCAGAGGAGCCGAAGAAAACCAACGUACCUAUUUCUCCUCGCCCUAAAUCCGAGCACAGACCAUCCACGGGCCCGAUCUUGAAAACAGACAUCUCGCGGCCCACCCCCAUCACCUCUGCAAAACCCAACGACACUUACCUUGACGGCGUGUCUACACUCGGCAAAUCGACCGCAUCAGCACCGAACAAGAUCGAUCCCAAGAUCGACGCACGGGCAGCUGAGAAGAAUAGGGACGUUGAUACGAAAGAUACGGCCGCGAAUACCGCCAAGCGAAGGAGUGUCGUGACUGCUACGCCGAAAAUGCCUGCGCCGCCGCCUAUUCCGGAAGACAAGAGGAGACUUGACCCGAAGGUUGGGAAGAGGAAGAGCUUCUUAUCGGCAUUCAGGCGGAGCUAA